AGAGUGCAGUCUUGCAGUUAGUUUAUGUGAAAAAGUUGUUAGUACGGAUCGUUUCUUUUCAAACAUUUUACACUUAUUAAGUGAAGUAUAUAUUAAGUGGAUAUGCACUCAUAUCAUUGCGGCCAUUCAAGAUUACAAUGCAUUCAGUACUCGUAAUAGUGUUUUUAUUUGGGACCGUAUUUUCGACAAAUUCCUCAACAAACAUUGAAGUUUCUACGCCAGAAGGAACUAUAGUUGGCAAUUCCAAUACGUACAAUGACUCACCUCUUCACGAAUUCUUGGGAAUACCAUUUGCAGAACCGCCAAUCGGAGACUUGCGUUUUAGAAAGACUAGGCCCCUAACGCUAAGGCCAGAAACGCUCUUCGCACAGACUAUGCCUCCAGCAUGCCCACAAUACGUUCAGUACGACUACCCUUGGUAUGAUAACAAACCUUUCAUAAGCGAAGACUGCUUGUACUUAAAUAUUUGGGUCCCUGGAUAUAGAACCCAGGAGAAGAAAGCCGUUAUGUUCUGGAUACAUGGUGGAGGAUUUACAUACGGCUCUAACCGUUUGGACAUAUUCAACGGAAGAAUAUUAGCAACAGAAAACGACGUAAUUGUCGUGUCUCCUAACUUUCGCUUAGGUGCAUUAGGAUUUCUUUCGUCUGACUCGAAGUUAGCUCCUGGAAAUAUGGGAUUGUACGAUAUUUUAGAAGCUCUGAAAUGGGUGAAAAACAACAUUGAAUAUUUCGGUGGAAACAGCAAGAAAGUCACUAUUUUUGGAGAAAGCUCCGGAAUUAAUGCUGAAGAACUAGUGAGAGCUCUCAACUCCUUAAAUCCAACCAAUAUCCAGAACUUCAACUUCAUCACUGGCGAUGAAUUGGUUCCGUUAAAUCCGAAGUCUACUCUCCUUAGUGGGAAUGUAAAUAACGUGAGUGUCUUCCUGGGUUUCGAUCAAGAUGAAGGGUCUUUGAAUCUUAUUUUCUCAGACACCAAUUAUUUUGGCGGUUUUGGAGAGAAAAAUCCUUUUUUCAACAAGACAGUUGGCUCAGGUUUUAUUCUGGACGGACUCAAGAAGUUUGUUUGCUUUACAGAUGUCGUGCGACAUUAUUUGGGGCAUGUAAAUGAAUAUGACUACCAGGAAGUACGUGAGCAAACCUACCAUGCAUUAGGUGAUUUCUUUAAAACUUGUCCAGUGAUCUACUUCGGAGAUAGCUUCGCUAAAGCUGGAAGAGACGUCUAUUUCUACUAUUUCAAUCACAGACCUGCAGUUUCCCAAUUUGCGUAUUGGAUGGGUGUAUAUCAUUUCAGUCAAGUGCAGUUUACGUUUGGGCGACCUUUGGCUGAUAAGGAAGGUUAUACAGGAGAGGAAAUAGACCUAAGUAGAUAUAUGAUGACUCUGUGGACAAAUUUUGCAAAGUAUGGGAAGCCCACUAACUACAUCGAGAAAUCAACUCCCCUAAGGCGUAAUUAUAUAUAUAUAGGAACAAAUGAAUGGAAAUCAAGUUAUUUGCAAAACCACGAAGAAAACUGCGAGUUUUAUAAAACGUAUUUUGAUCAGCAGGAGCAAUAAGUCUCAGUAAAUUGUUUAAAGUUUCAAAAUUUGAUGGGACGUUUCGUCUAAACCACAUUCUGUAUGUGAUUGGUCAAGUGCACUCGGUCACCAAAACGAAAUUAGACAGAACAUGAGUUUAAAGUUUUAUUCUGUGCUGAUUUUUAUUUUUAAAUCGUCAUCUAUUACCUUAUUAGAGCAAGAUAUGUUUAUUAAAAUUUUAGAACUUUAUGCUUCUC